CCCGCGGCGCCCCGCAGGCCCCCGCCGGCUGCCGGGCGCUCCCGGCCAUGGCUCAGAGACUGCCCGAGCUGGUGGAGGAGCUCACGACGUCGGGAGAGCCCCAGCUGAACGCGGGCAAAAUGCAGGAGCUGAAGAAACUCUGCAAGUCCUCGGUGGAGCAGCUGGGCCACACCUACCACUUGCUGAAGGCCCAGCUGAGCCAGGAGCACGCCCAGGUCCGCCUCUCCACUUUCCAGGUCAUGGAGCAGCUCUUCACCAGGUCGCAUCACUUCAGGACACUGCUGGUGUCUGACUUCCAGGAGUUCCUGGAGCUCACUCUGGGCACUGACCACUCACAGCCUCUGCCGCCUCCCCGGGAGGUGGCCCAGCGGCUGCGGCAGGCAGCUCUGCAGGCUGUCAAGGACUGGACAGCCCAGUAUGGUGCAGCCUACAAGAAGCUGGACUUGGGUUACCACUUCCUGAGGCACAGCAAGCAGGUGGACUUUCAGGAUAUGGAUGCACGGACUCCAGCAGAACGGCGGCGGGACGAGGCGAGGCAGAGGCGCUUGGACCUGAUCCACCAGGACCGUGCCCAGCAGGCUGCAGGCCGCAUGGAGGAAAUGUCCACGGAGAUCCAGUGCUGCCUCACAGAGCUGGACAGCUGCUUUGAGCUUCUGCUGCCCUUUGACCUCACUGAGGCCUCCCACAUGGCAGAGAACAAGUUAGAGCCGCAGGAGGAGGAGCAGCCGUGUUGCAGCAGGAGCCUGUCAGAAGCAGAGCACCCUCCACCUGGCCCUGGAGCCUCCUCCGAGGAUGAGGACAGUGACCAGAAUGAGUUUGUGCGGUGCCAUGGACUGGGCUCCCACAAGUACACGCUGCAGGUGGACCUAUCCUCAGAUGGUCUGAGGGUGCAGGAGGACGAGGACAACGUCGCCAUCAUCCACUCGGCACGGGAUGCGCUAAAGCUCAUCCAGAACAAGUUCCUGCCGGCCGUGUGCUCCUGGGUCCAGGUCUUCACCCGGGCAGGAGUCCAGGGAGGACCUCUGCAGAAGGCCAUCAGCCUGAAGGUGGAGUUGGAGAAGGCCCUGCGGAGGGGCAGGGAAUUGGCCAUUGAGCCCCUGGGGCCGCGCCAGCACCAGACAGCCGCCACGGGGGACACGGAUGAGGAUGAUGAUGACGAAGACUUUGUAGAGGUCCUGGAGAAGGAGGGGUACGAGGCUCACAUCCCUGACCACCUGUGGGCAGAAUAUGGGCUGGAGGAGAAGUCAGGGGCGCAGGGCUCAGCAGCAAGAACGAGGACAAGCAGGGAGGAGGAGGAAGCGUGUGACCCCACCACAGCUGCUGCCCAGCUGCAUCACCGCCCCCGCCACCAGCCUUCAACCCCCAGGGCACUCGGCUUACCACCAGCAUCACCACAGCCAGAGGAGGCUGGGAAGCAGGCAGAGUGGGCUCGGGCGCCUGUGGUGCCCUUCGGCGUGGACCUGUGCUACUGGGGACAGGAGCAGCCAUCAGUGGGCAAGAUUCUCAGAGCCGACUCGGAGCACCGUUUCUGGAAGCCCAGCGAGGUGGAGCCGGAGGUGGACAGUGCCACUGUGGCCGAGACACUGCGUACACGGCGCAUCACGUUUGCAGGAACGUUCGAGCCGGUACAGCACCGGUGCCGUGCCCCACGGCCUGACGGCAGGCUGUGUGAACGCCAGGACCGGCUGAAGUGCCCUUUUCAUGGGAAGAUCAUCCCAAGAGACGACACUGGCCAGCCCCUCUGUGAGGAGGACCGAGUGCGGGAGCAGCAGCAGCAGCUGCAGAGACAGGCAGAGCGACCAGACUGGAAGGACCCUGCGUUCUUGCGAGAUGUGGAGGCAGCAAUAGGAGUGGACCUGGGCUCAUCGCGGUGUGGCAAAGGCAAGGGCAAGAGCAGGAAGAGGAAGCACCCCGGCCUGACAGACCUCAGGCAGCAGACCAACACCCCCCGUGCUCGCAUUGCCAAGAAGGUGUUUGCCAAGGCAGCCAUGCAGAGGGUGGUGGCGGCCAUGAACCAGAUGGACCAGAAGAAGCACGAGAAGUUUGCCAACCAGUUUAACUACGCGCUGAAGUAGAGGGCAGGUGCCCGCUCACGCAGCCUCGGCUCUUGGAGGGGCCCGCAGACCCCACCCUGCACAGCUGUGUGCUGAGGGGACCUACACAGUGUGGGCCCAGGAGCACUCGGCCCCUCGCCCAGUACCCAGUUCCCCACAAGAAUUGGCAAACCUGCUUGAACAGACACAAAGGGGGUGGCCAACCCGCCUCUACGCCUGUUUUUAGCGUGCAUGAAGUGUGUAUGUGUGUGUGUGUCUGUGUGCACGUGUGUGUGUGUGUUGGGGGACUCCACAUCUGAGCACAGACCAGACCACUGCCUCUGAGCGCCUGCACACCUGAGUGUGCGCACUUGUUCUUAGAGUCUGCUCAGCAGCCUCAUGUGCGCUCUGUUUCGCAUGAACUCGAUUCCUAGCACUUUCCUUCAGCUGGCCCUUUCCCUGGCCCCCAGUAUGGGCCCAGGAAGGCAUUUGGCAUGUGUGCCCUGUACAGUAUGUACAAGGUUCUGUGUGCGGUGUGGGGUGGGGAGGUCCAGGCCUUCUCGUGUCACUGCCCAGUGGUGUUUCUGCGGUGGACACCACACACCACGUUUCUCCACUGAGUGGUACUGGCACCUCACACAAGCGUUUCUUUGUACACUCCAAGUUGAUUGUUCUUCGUUUCUAUAUGAUCAUGUUUUAGUUUUCAGUCUGUUCCUACAUGUGGAAUUGCUCUGGUGGUGCUAUCCUUACUCCUUGAUAAAUUGCCAGAGAGCCACAUUUCUUUUGUUUUGGGGGGGGGCCACACCCAGCAGUGCUCAGGAGUUUCUCCUGGCUCUGCACUCAAGAAUCACUCCUGGUGCUGCUCAGAGACCUUAUGGGAUUUUGGGAAUUGAACCCAGGUUGGCUGUGUGCAAGGCAAGCACGGUACUUGUACUAGUCUCUGCCUGAAGCUGCACUUCUUGGCCCUGCCACAAGAGGGUCUGAGGGUACGGUGGUUCCGGUUUUUCCCAUUCUUGCUGACCUUAGGCUGUCUGGUUUGGACAUCCUGUGGGGAUGCUUUGCUGUUCCUUGUUUGAUUCUCAUUUUCUUGAUGCACAUUUAUGUCUUCUCACGUAUUUGUUGGUCAUUUGUAUGUCUUUUUUGAGACAAACCUGCUCAGAUGCUUUAUUUAUUUGUAAUUGGUUCACUCAUUUUCUGUUGUACAUGUCCUUCACCUAUUCUGAACUCUAGACCCUCAUGUGACUGGUAUUUUUUGCAUUCUGCCUUUUUCUUUUCUUUCUUUCUUUCUUUUUUUCUUUUCUUUUUUAGAGAGGGAGCUAUUUUUGGGUCACACCCACCAAUGCUCAGGGGCUACUCCUGGCUCUGCACUCAGGAAUUACUCCUGGCAUUGCGGGGGGACCAUAUGGGAUGCCCAGAUUGAACCCAGGUUGGCUGCAUGCAAGGCAAAUGCUCUCCCUGCUGUACUGCUUUUUCAUUUUCUUGAUGCUGUCCUUUUUGUUUGUUUGCUUUUUGGGUCACAUGCAGCGAUGCUCAGGGGUUACUCCUGGCUCUGCACUCAGGAAUUACCCCUGGCAGUGCUCAAGGACCAUAUAGGAUGCUGGGAAUCGAACCUGGGUUGGCUGAGUGCAAGGCAAACGCCCUACCCGUUAUGCUAUCGCUCCAGCCCCGAUGCUGUCCUUUAAAGCACAGAAGCAUUAAUUCUGAUGAAGCCUGUUUUUGUUUUUCCUCAUUGUGUCCGGUUUCAUAUCCAGGUAGCCAUUGCCCCAGGCAAGGUUAUGAAGGCAUGCACUUAUGUUUCUUUAGACUUGAGAUUCUCUGCCCUAAAUCUUGGUCUCUGAUCCUCUUCAGUUCAUUCUUUGUGUGUGGUGUGAGACUCACCACCCUUUCUUGAGUCCUUCUCCAGCCGUCUCGGCACCGCCUGUCAGAAGGACGACUUUUUCCCUGUUGCACUAGUUUGGCACCUUUACCGACCCUCAGUUGGCCAUGGAUCUGAACAUGUUUCCUGGCUCUUACCUGUCCCACUGGCUUGUCUAACUUUAUGCCAGUGACACAGUGUUUUGGAUGUUUCUUUGUGGUAAGUUAUGAAACGGAAGAGUAUGAGCCUUCCAACUUGGUUUUUUUUCAAGAUUGCUUUUGACUAUUUCCAGUUCUUUCCAUUUUCACAUGAAUUUUAGUAUCCUUUUUUUGUCAGUUUUGUUUGUUUAUUUUUGUGCCACAGAUGUCAGUGCUCAGGCUUACUCUUGGCUCUCUGCUCAGGGAUAAUUCUUGAUGGUGCUCGGGGGACCAUAUGGGAUGCUAGGGAUCAAACCUGGGUUGGCCAUAUGCAAAGGCCCUAUCUGCUGUACUGUUAUUCCUCUGGUCCUGUCAAUUUCAUUUUUUUUAAAUAUUGCAGCAGAGAUUUUAGGAAGGAUUACACUGAUCUAGUUAUUGCUAGAAAAAUCCAAACAAAGUGUUGCUAUGUGGCUGGGGAUAUAGCUUAACAGGUAGAACUUUUUGCAUUGCAUGUAUGAGGCCAUGGGUCUGAUUCUAGGAACCUAAAAAAAGGGGGAGGGACAUCUGGAAUAAUAGUACAGUAUGUAGAGUGUUUGCUUUGCACACAGCUGACAUUGGUUCGAUCCCUAGCAUCACUUAGAGAUCCUCGAGUCCCACCAAGAGUGAUUCCUGACUUCAGAAUUAGGAGUAAUUCCUGAGCACCAGCAGGUGUGGUCAAAAAAGCUUUUUAAAUUAUAGCCAUCCUUUAAUUUUUUCUGGCUUGAAUGCUUUCUAUUUGUUCGGGUUUUCUUCUAUCGAUUUCAAUAGUAAUUUGUUAUUCUCAUGUACAAGUCUUAUACUUUCCCCCCCCGAAUUUAGAAGGUAAUUUUGAGAGGGGGACAGGAGAGCUUUAUAGUAUUGGGGUCUCCUUACUCAGAUUCCCUCAAAUCUUCCACUUAAAAUAAUUUUAUUUCUGGGGCCAGAGAGAUAGUACAGCAAGUAAGGCACUGGCCUUGCAUGUGGAUGACCUGGGGUCAGUCCCCAACUCCUCACAGAGUCCCCCUGCACUCACCAGGAGUGACCCCUGAGUGCCAAGCCAAGAGUCUGUCCUGAGCACCGCCCAGCGUGGCUCCCAAACAACCAGAAUAUUUUUAUUCCUAAAUAUGUUAUUCUUCAUGCUGUUAUAUAUUUUUCUCUGAACUUUCCUAACUUGUUGAUCACAAAUGUAUAGAAAUAAACUGACUUCAUUAUGUUGGUCUUGUAUGACUA